GUCUGGUCUCAUUCCUGGUUAUCGGACUUCUCCGUCCUCUCGAGCGUCUGUCUGUUCUCAUCAUGGCUCUGUGGAAGAAAAAGCUUCAGAUCUCCACCAGAAGAAAGAGGAAAGCUCCUCCUGAGGCAGAGAAGACGGAAGUGCUGAGUGAAGAUCUGCUGCAGGUGGAGAAGCGUCUUGAACUGGUUAAGCAGGUGUCUCACAGCACUCAUAAGAAGUUGACGGCGUGUCUGCAGGGUCAGCAGAGUGUGGACGUGGACAAGCGCUCCGUCCGCUCGCCUUCAAAGAAGCUUCCUCUGACGUCUCUGGCUCAGUGUCUGGUGGAAGGAGCUGCGGUUCUGGGUGACGAUUCUCUGCUGGGGAAGAUGCUGAAAAUCUGUGGAGAGACGCAGGACAGACUCGCUCAAGAACUUCUGCUGUUCGAGCUCCAGAUCGAGCGGGACGUCGUCGAGCCGCUUUACACUCUCGCUGAGAUUGAAAUUCCCAACAUUCAGAAGCAAAGAAAACAUUUAGCCAAACUAGUACUGGACAUGGAUUCUGCUCGCACACGGUGGCACCAGUCGUCUAAAUCUUCAACUCUGACCAAUAAGGAAACACCCACCGGGGCCAAAGCCGACGCCCUCAGGGAGGAGAUGGAGGAGGCGGCCAAUCGCAUGGAGAUCUGCAGAGAUCAGCUCUCGGCGGACAUGUAUAGUUUCGUGGCCAAAGAAAUUGACUAUGCAAACUACUUCCAGACGCUGAUAGAGGUUCAGGCGGAGUACCACAGGAAGUCUUUGGAGCUGCUCCAGAACGUCCUGCCACAAAUUAAAGCGCAACAGGAGUCGUGGGUGGAGAAGCCGUGUUACGGGAAACCAUUAGAGGAGCAUUUGACUCUGAGCGGGAGAGAAAUCGCUUUCCCCAUCGAAGCGUGUGUGACGAUGCUGCUGGACUGCGGCCUGCAGGAGGAGGGUUUGUUUCGAGUUGCUCCUUCUGCCUCGAAGCUGAAGAAGCUGAAGGCGUCGCUGGACUGCGGUGUGUUGGACUUUCAGGAAUAUUCUGCAGAUCCUCACGCCAUCGCAGGUGCUCUGAAAUCAUACCUGCGGGAGCUGCCCGAACCCCUGCUGACCUUUGACCUGUACGACGACUGGAUUCAGGCAUCAAAUAUUGCGGAUCAGGACAAGCGUCUGCAGGCGUUGUUAUCAACAUGUGAGAAACUUCCUACAGCAAACAGCAACAACUUCAAGUAUUUGAUUAAAUUUCUUGCCAAGCUGAACGAGUAUCAGGAUUACAAUAAAAUGUCGCCAGGAAACAUUGCAAUUGUUCUGGGGCCAAACCUGCUGUGGGCGCAUACGGAGGGGAACAUCACAGAGAUGAUGACCACAGUCUCGCUGCAGAUCGUCGGGAUCAUUGAGCCGAUUAUCCAGCAUGCUGAUUGGUUCUUCCCUGGAGAGAUCGAGUUUAACGUGACGGGAAACUACGGCAGCCCCGUCCACACCAAUCACAACGCCAACUACAGCUCCAUGCCGUCGCCCGACAUGGACCAAUCAGAUCGCAGGCAGCAGGACCAGAGCCGACGCCCGCUCAGCGUCGCCACCGACAACAUGAUGCUGGAGUUCUACAAGAAAGACGGCAUUAGGAAAAUUCAGAGUAUGGGAGUGCGCGUGAUGGACACCUCCUGGGUUUCUCGAAGAGGCUCCUCGUCGUCUCGUAAGAGCUCGUCGACUCCGCCCAGCGUUCAGCCGCCCGCGCCGCCUUCUGAUUCGCUGAACCCCGAGCAGGCGGCCGAUCUCUCCACCUCCCCCUCACAGACUCCGCCCCCCAUCAGCGCCGACAGGACCAGCUGUGACGAGGCGUCUUCCAAUCGCUCGGACUCCUGUCACGUGUGUCCCUCCCCAGAGGAGGAGCGGCCGCCCCCUCCGUACCCGUUCUCUGUCUCCUCCUCUUCCUCCUUGUCCUCCUCCUCCUCGUUCUCCGUCCCUCACCCUCGAGCGCGUCCCGCCGCUCCCGUUCCCGAAUGCGUUCCCCCCCCGGCGUUGAGCCGCUGGUCCGUGUACAGUCCUCCGCCUCCGCUCCUCCUGUCCUCCACCUCUCUCGACAUCAACUCCAACCCCAAACCCAGCGUCCUGCACCUGUCCAAGCAGGGCUCUCUGCCCGCCGACCCGUCCCUCCCGCACGCGCCCGUCUACAUCAAACCCCCGCUCGUCCUGCCCCGUCACGACCCCUGCCACCCUCCCGCCCUCAGCCCUCAUUCUGCCGCUCCGCCGUGGGCCGCCUGCGCCUGCAGCAACCGGGAGAGGGGACUCAGAGUGCCUAGCGCUCAGAAGAAUAAGGAGCCGUCGCCUGUGAUUGGUCAAAGAGGCAUUUCACCAACGGCUCCCUCUGCUGGACAGAACCAGCUGUCAGACCAGAGUCCUCACACGCUGCGCAAAGUUUCCAAAAAGCUGGCCCCCAUCCCUCCCAAGGGUCCGUACUCUCCGUCCAGCUGCGUGUCGGAUCUGUCUCCGGGUCCGUCUCCGGUCAGUCUGUCCCCGACGCCCCCCAGCACCCCGUCCUCAUACAGCUUUAGUUACCCGCAGGGCGGCUCCGUCCUCACCUCGCCCGGACACAACCACAGCCAGACGCUCUCGUCCCCGCCGCCGCUCACCGGCACCCUGCCCAAAUCACGGCCCACCCCCAAACCGCCCCGUCAGAGACCCAACCUGCCCCCGCCGCAGCCCCCGGGCCCCGGCGGUCUGAGCCCGCAACCGCUGGAACACACGCCCGGCCUGCUGGACGCGCUGUCUGCCGGAGAGAGCAUGUCUACAGACUCGUGGUGUGAUUUGGACGUUCCCAUAAUAAGCGUCGAACUGGACGGGAGAUGCAGGAACUCUGUGGAUCUGAUAGAAUCAGAGGAGGAGUCAGAAAGCACCGCCCUCUGACCCCUGGAUUUCCCACAAUCCUUCACUCCCCCCCUUCACCACACAAAUGACAUUGUAUUGUCCAUGUGAUCCUCUGCACUGACCCACAGACAGGAUCUGAAGCGCUGGUCACGUCACGGUGCCGUCCUGAUCCCGUCUUCUUUGUGUUUUUAUUAUGUUUUGCAGUUUUUCCAUGUGGUUUGUGUUCUAUUUGCCUUAUCUGAGUUCUUGCACUUUUGCCUUGAAGUUCGUGUGACGUGUUCGGGUGUCGAAAAUCACGCAGAUCACACUGAAACCUCGUUGUGUCCAAACCCAGACUAGCAUCUCACCACCUAUACAAACAACUCCUGACACACUACAGCACAAUCUGCUCAUAUCAGAUGGACGUGUGUGUGUGUGUGUGUUUGAUGAAUGUGAACGUCUGAGAUGAGAUUUGAACAGAAAGAUGCUCUCGCUGUAGAUUGCAGUCAGAUUUUAAAUCUAAUGAUGUGGCGUGAAUGAGAAUUUACCAUUCAAAAGUUUGGGGUUGGUAAGAUUUUUAAGUCUCACCAAAGCUGCAUUUAUUUGAUCAAAAAUACUGUAAAAAUAUGAUAUAUUAUUAUAAUUUAAAACAGCUGUUUUCUAUGUGAAUAUCUGUUAAGAUAUAAUUUAUUUCUGUGAUGCGCAGCUGAAUUUUCAUCAUCAUUACUCCAGUCUUCAGUGUCACAUGAUCCUUCAGAAAUCAUUCUAAUAUGCUGAUUUGCUGCUCAACAAACAUUUCUGAUUAUUAUCAAUGUUGAAAACAGUCGUGCUGCACAAUAUUUUGGGGGAAACUGUCAAGCAU